GGCUGCCCUUCGUAAUUUAGAUCUGUGGGUUUUCACUCUGGCUUUGUAGAGUUUCAGGAAAUAGUCGAAAUUUGAUUAAUUUUAAAAGUAUUUGCACUUGUAUGCUAGAAGGAGCUUGUAUAAUUAAAGUACUGCCAACAGAGUGCCACCUUACAGAGGUUUGCAGUUCUCGAGGGGCUGGCUGGCUCUCUCUGAGUUGGGAACACAAAAAUGCAAGCUAUGCUCUCUGCCUGCCGAAGAUCUGAGCUCUGCCAGGUCUGGCCAGUCAGGAAAGGGGAGAGAUGCAGAGGAGGUCAUCCCCCCACCACCUGCUACCCCUAUGAGUAGGGUUGGCUGUGUUCAAUGGGGCCAGAUUAGUACCUUACUGCCUAGAUUACACACGGUGGGGUGGUUGUACCACUUGAGGAAGCAGUAAGGUGCAUGCCUCUGCCGAGCACCACCUGCUCCAGCCUGACCCUAAAGCCAGAGCUGGGAGGGGCCUCCCCCGCAGUUGUGUAUCCAUACCUGAUCUGCCUGCUCACCACAGGACCUCCAGCUGGGCCCUGGUGGCCAGAGAAGCUUCUCCCUGGGCUGACUGCACAGUGGCCCUGUUUUGGGGUCUGGCAAGAAAAUAUGUUCAAGCCUAUCCCACCUGUGCUGCUCAGCUCUUUCUGACCUCAGCCCCUUCAGGACCCCGUGCCAAGAAAUCAUGCUCAGCCCCAACCCAGACCACCCCGCUCCUGUUCUUGGCCUCUGGGCCCUGAGUGCACAGUCCACCAGGGCACUAUGCUCCUUGGACGUACAUUCUAAUACCAUCUGCCCAGACCUCCUCUUCUGGGGACUCUGCUCAUCUCACAGCUGGGCUCAGACUCCCUCUAAACACCCUGGCCCUCUAAACUCCAGCUGUCCCCUCUCCUCCCCUAUGUUUUACUAUGGCUGGCCCCUCUUGCCUUUUUCCCUGGGCUGGUGUCUGCCUAUGAGGAGGUCCUUUCACCUCAUGUCUCCCCUUAGGUCUACCACCCACUUCCUGCAGCUGCUCCCUGAGCUUGGAACAGGGUCUGCCUGAUUUUCCCAACUUGUGCUCCGUGAGAUGCUGUGGUCUCAAAGACAAGUUUCAUCAGACUGGUUGCUCAUUAACGUGUGGAGUCCCAAGCCUCACCCCCUGGAGGUUCUGCCUCCGUAGAGCAGGGUGAGCUUGGGAAUGGGCCGGUUUCGUAAGUAGCCUCCAGCCCCCACCCACCUGCUGGCAGUGACUGAGGCAGGUCGUCCAAGUACCCUUUUGGAGAAUACUGAGCUUCUGUCCCCUCCCCUCCAUGAGCAGCAGCUGCUCCUCCUGUGGUCUUCCUGCACCCAUCAGGCUCCCAGUCUGGCCUGAGUCUCCUUGCAGCUUAGGGGCUGUCAGGCCCUGAGAGGCCCAGCGCCUCUUCCUGCCACUGGGCCUGGCACAUGGAGGUUUACUAACUACUUCAUGAAUGAAUGAAUGACAGGGGAGAGGCAGGGAGAGAAGUUUGGCAGUUGGGAGUGUUCUGCCCACUUGGGCGAUAAAGGAACAAGAUUAAGGUCUUAGAAGCCCCUCACUGAAAACCCUAUAAAGAGAGAUUCGGAAGCUUCUAGAUUAAAUAAUAGUCAUUUAUUGAGGGCCUACUAGAUUAGAAGGUUUUUAAAAGGCAGCCCAGUGACCCAGUUUGGCUCAGCUGACUUGUUUUGUUUAGCUAAGAAUCUUUUAACAAGGUUUGAUUCAACAUUUUUAAAUUGGGAGAUUUCACAUAAAAAUCCAGAUUUUUUUGGCUCUCUUGGAAAAGUCAGGAGAUCUGGCCAUACUGGACCUGCAUUUCUCGUGUAGCAGUUAUUGGCUGGAGCUACUGCUGCCUGCCUGCUUUAGAUGUACCCAGCUCCAUCCAGGUUGUUCAGCCCCCAGCACUCCCACAAAGUGUAAACGUGAGCCUGUGUAGCCUGAAUUGUGGGACCUGGGACCUGACUGGUUCCUGGAGGAAUCUGUGACCUCAAGUAUAUGAAGACCCACCUGUGGGCAAUUUGUAUCUCGUCAUUUAUUUUUCUAACUUUUAGCAGAAUGAUGAGGUAAGAAUUAUUUCCAUCCUACAAGAGCAUCAAGGAGUUGUCGUGUAAACCCAUAACAUCUUAGCAGGGAUUCAAACCCAGGCCUGCCUGCCUAUCUGCCUGGAAGCCAGCCUGUCUCACUGCCCUGGCUCUUGCCUGUUUGUUAAAACAGCUCUCCUUUCGCUUGAAGGACCCUGUGGCCGCCUUGUUAUGUCACAGGCUCAGUCACAAUUGGGCUGAGAGCAGAGUGUGGUCUGGCCCGUCAGGUCCCAGGGCAGCCCUGCUAGCCCAGCCCAGGCUGGCCCCGCUUAGCCGCACAUGCAACAUGAAGUACCCUCUGGUGCCGCUGGUGAACGACCUCACAUUUUCUUUCCUGGUGUUCUGGCUCUGCCUGCCCGUGGGCUUGCUCUUGUUCUUGUCGAUCGUCUGGCUACGCUUCCUUCUUAGCCAAGAUACAGAGGAAAAUGACUCAGAUUUAUGCUUUGAUUGGGAGCCCUGGAGCAAAGCCCCAGCUGAAUUUUGCUGGGAGGAGACACUCCAUAGCCAAGAGGAGGAGAGGCCCUGCUGGUGAGUCUGUUCUGCCAGCUUGGUUUUCCCGGAGUCAGCUGGGCGGCGGCAAUGGCCAAAAUGGAUGGGGAAGACUUGCCUGGAAGGGAAGAGGACUUUGGCCAAUGAGGUGCUUACCUGGGACCCCCAACUUCUCUCCUCCACUGAUGGAUGCACGAAAGCCUCCAGAGGACUCAUCUAGUCUCCAUUGCAGAUGGCCUCCUGGCCCCAUGGAGGAGCCCGAGUCUGUGAAGAUGGUGUAAGCAGGUGCACGGGGAGAAGCUGGCCAACUGAAUUCAGAGGAGGUCCUGGGGCAGGGCUGGAAUGGAGGCUGUGGGUCCGUAUUAAAGAAAUGAGGGGAUGCCUGUGCUCAGGAGACCCCUGACAAACCUG